CGGGGCGGGGCAUGUGGCGGAUCACGUGGCCCGAGUCGCUGCGGGUUAGCAAGGAGGUAUUGAGAGCGAACUGGGGGUCAUGCUGCGGGGUCGUCUCUGCGCCUGCGCCUUGCCGGGAUGCUGAACCUUGCGGCGCUGCUGUGGCGCCGGCUCCUGCGCAAGCGCUGGGUGCUCGCCCUGGUUUUCGGGCUGUCUCUGGUCUACUUCCUCAGCAGCACCUUCAAACAGGAAGAGAGGGCAGUAAGAGAUCGGAAUCUCCUCCAAGUUCAAGACCGUGAACAGCCCAUCCCGUGGAAGGUGCAGUUUAACCUGGGCAACAGCAGCCGACCCAGCAACCAGUGCCGGAACUCCGUUCAAGGGAAACACCUCAUCACUGACGAGCUGGGCUAUGUCUGCGAGAGGAAGGACCUGCUGGCGAAUGGCUGCUGCGAUGUCAGUGUCCCCAGCACAAAGCAGUACUGCUGUGAUGGAUGUCUGGCCAACGGCUGCUGUGGAGCCUAUGAGCACUGCGUUUCCUGCUGUCUGCAGCCCAGCAAGCAACUUCUACUGGAGCGCUUCCUCAACCGGGCAGCUAUGGCCUUCCAGAACCUCUUCAUGGCAGUUGAAGACCACUUCGAACUAUGUUUGGCUAAAUGCAGAACCUCGUCCCAGAGCGUGCAGCACGAGAACACAUACCGUGACCCCAUAGCCAAGUACUGCUACGGAGAGAGCCCACCUGAACUCUUCCCCGAGUGAGGCCUGACGGACACACACAGAACCAGUGUGGUCCACGUGAGAUCGGGAAGGAGAAAGCCACACAGGGAUCCUUGGCUUUGACCGUGUCUUGUGGCAUCGGGGGUCUCAGGCUCCCUCACCGCCAGCUGGAGCGGAUGGACAGAGCUGUUCUGUAGAGGAGGCUGGACGAGGCCCUGGGACCACUGGGACCGCUGGUCAGGGGCCGGUGCUUGCUUCUGUUUGAUCCUUCGUUGUAGUUAUUUAUUGACUUUCCAGAGAGUGGAUGGUGCAGUGUUUUCACAGCACACCUUUGCCUGUCCAGCUGAAUGCACUCGAGGAGGCCACAGUUGCCCUGGUUCCUGAGUGCCACUAGUGACGUCUCUCCUGCACCAGAUGGGUUUGCCUGCAGGGGUGAGGGUGUAGGGACUUAUUUUUGGUUCUGUUUUAACCUUUGACCAGCAGUCCUCGUAUCCAUAUGCCAACAUUCAGGGGUGCAUAGGCCCUCAAGGAGGUGCUGGUCCCCCCUGAGUCUUCACAGAGUUGCCUGGGUGUUCUCAUAUACCUGAAAUGAUGGUCAGAAGCCUGAACCUCUGCCUGACUAUCCCAGUAGAGUUUGCCAUCGCCGUGUCAUGUUGAAACUCCUCAGCCUUGAGGUGGGGGAUCCUGUCCCUUGUCUGUCGCAGAAGCCAGUGGGGGACAGACGAAUGUGUGCAUUCGCAGCAUCAUUCAUUCUUUUCUUCUCUCCGCUCCUGGCUGUGUGUCAGAGGCAAACACUUGUUCUCCCUGUAGUGCAUAAGGAAAAAAACUCCAAGUUCUUACUCCAGCCUAGUGGGAGAUGUAUGUGGUUGCCAUGGCUAAGAGAGCAUCCCAGAAGCAGGUCCACGUCCAGUGCUUACAGGGGUGGGCAGCUGUCACCAGUAACUGACAUGGAGGUUUAAGCCUAAGGUCAAGACACACACCCCCGCCCCCCCCCCCCAAUGCUCCCAUUUUGUUUUCAGGCCACCAGGCCGCCCAUUAACAAACACUUCUCCCCAGACCCCUUGCCACCCCUUAGGGUAGGACAUGAUGUUUUGUGAUUUUGGACCAGGUUGGCCUGGGACCGGCCAUGAGUCUCAAGAUUUCCUGUCAGCGGCCUCCUGGAGACUUGACUCCCAGCUGUGUGCGCCUGUCCUUCAGCUCCCUCCUGCUUCCUCCUCCUGAAUUGUCUUCUGUCAUCUCUACAGGAGGGAGGACAGACUGCCGGGCAGUUGUCUUCUCGUUUUGUCUUGCCGUGUUGGGAUCCAACCCAGGACGUGGUGUGUGAUUAGCAAACUUUCUGCUGCUGAGCCGUGGCCCUGGCCAGGGAAUCAACUUUUAGUGUUAGAUUCUGUGCUGUUUGCUCUGGACUUUUUCAGUAUGUUGAUUCAAGCUUCAUGAAAUCUGGCACAUAUUGGAAUGUUCUGGCAUGUUCUGGCAUACUCAUUCUUUCUGGUAACUUUUUUUGUUUGUUUUUUUUUUGUCAUUUUUUAGGACAGGGUUUCCAUAGCCCAGGCUGGCCUCCAACUCGGUAUAUGUUUGACAGCAGCCUUGAACUUCUGACUCUGCUGUCUGCACCUGCCAGCUGCUGGGAUUAUAGGCACAUGCCAGCUUUUGAUACUAGUCUAGACUUGGUCGGCAUUGAUGAUGAUUGGUCUCUGCCCUGAGUCACUGUGUGUGUCUCCGUUUGUGUGACACACAUUCGAUGUGGACGGCCUGGCGUGUUGCCGACGCUCCCUGACCUGGCACUGGGAAGGCACGUCGCGUGCACUCUGUGAGUGUGUACAGUCUGCGCCACUGCGGUCCAGAGUGCGGUUUGCUGGAGUUCCACUAGGUAGAUGAGGAGAUAGCAAGAGGCCCUCCCGAGUUCCAGCCACGACUGAACGAUCAAACCCACACAAGAACUUCAUCUCGAGUCCUGCCCCAUUGUCCUCCUGUGCAGAAUCGCCUCCACACCCUCUGCCCUAAGAAUGGGUGGCCUUCAGUUAUCCCAGACGGGAGAGCAGCAGCGUCUGCAUCCACUCAGUCUGUAACACAAACGUCACUUUCCAUUGGCCGUGGCUGCGGAAUGUGGGGUUUGUACUUUAAUCAGUUAGGGGUGUGUGUGUGUUUGUGUUUGUGUUUGUCACUGGCCAGUGGAGAACCCUGCCUCACCUUCCUUGCAGAGCUGGUUUUCAGCUCCCUUGAUGGGGUUCCUAGAAUCAGAGGCUAUAGUGCAAGAGUUUGUUUGUUUUUGUUUUUUGGACCCAACACUAACGAUAAAAUAAUAGCCCAAAAGUCACCCAGUCUAGAGAUAAGCACCAGCUAUUUUCCUCUCCCUCUGUGACUUUCCAGUUAAGAUAAAAACAGAAACCACGCACCUAGGGUGUGCUUCCCCCUGGAAAACACUGCCAGUGGGUUUGUUAUCUGCAGGCCUGUGUGACAGCCUUCAUGGCCUCAGUGUGACACUGUUAGUGACCUGUUGGUCUGGCUUCUUCCGUGGGGGUGGUUGGCUGCUACAGAGCAUGUGUUGGUGUCCGCUGUUACACGCGCUUGUUCACCUCAGCUCCUGCAGCCACUUCUCCACCGCGGGACGUGCCUGUCAGUCCAUUCCAGUGAGCCACAUGUCAAUCAGGUCCUAAGCUGCUUCCUAAGAGUUCAGUGUUCCAGUCUGUAUUUAUUUUAAAGAUCAUAGUCCUGUGUGUGUCAGCUUGUAUUGGACGUUGAGUCUGGGUUAUAAAGAGGAUCUUUUUUUUAACUUCAAAUAUUCAAGGUGAAGGGGAAGUUGCCUCGGUGCUUAAGAGUGCUUACUGCUCUUCCAGAGGACCUGGCUUCAGUUCCCAGCAUCCAUGUUGGGAGGCUCACAACUGAUGGGAUUUGUGACCUCUUCUGGCCUCCACAGGCACCCAAACAUGCGACAUACAUUCACACAGAUACCACACAUACUUGCAAAUAAGAUAGUAAAAAUAAAUCUCUUUUUAAAAUUACGUUUUGUUAUCGUGGGGGACACAUGGGAACCAUGGUUUAGGUCAGAGGACAACUUUUGGGAGUUGGUUCUCUUUUGCACCAUUGUGGAUUCUGGCAUGGAACUCAGGUCUGUCCUGGAGGCAGUGCCCAUGGAGUCAACUUGCUGGUCCUAAGUGUGUAUCUGUGAGUUAAAUGAUAAUGUACACGUGUGCUAUUAGUUGUGUGUAAUAACUCACACUGAGCCAAACCCCACUCUGUGUCUUGAUUGGCCAUGUAUUUUCUUCCCAUUUUUUACUACAGAGCAUUUUGAAAUGAAUGAAGCCUGAAAUAAUUA